UUUUAUUUGUAAUAGUUUGAAAUAGUAAAUUAAGCUCAUCACUGGCAAUGGAACAGUUUUUACUUUGACAUAAAAUUUCAAGUCGACGAUUUUGCAAAAACAUCGUUUGCUGUGUAAAAUCUUCUAAAAAUGUCUUCAAAGACCGAGAAUAAUCACAAAAUCCUCCCAGAAAAGAUUCCCCUUGAAACUGAUCAGGGUAUCAAGGAGAGUGAAGAAAGAAAAUGGGGUUUACCUUUAAAAGAUGUAUAUAAACAUGCAGUAUCCUUUUACAAAGAAAAAGAAGGAAAAGCAAUUCAUUUGAGCUAUGAAGACCGACUGAAACUUGUUGCCUACACACAGCAGACAGCCCAUGGGCCUUUGGACGUGAAUUCGGCGCCGCCUCUGGGUGUCCUCGAUGUGAUUGGGCGGGACCGCAGGGCGGCGUGGCAGGCCCUGGGGCAGAUGUCACAAAUACAGGCUAUGGCUGGGUUUAUUCACACUCUAGACAGAUUGUGCCCAUUGUUCAAACCUUUCUUGGAGGCUAUUCAAAAGGACCAUGAAGAUAAAAAACAGCAGGAGUUGAAAAGGCAAGAGGAGGAAAGAGCCCAUACCGAAUUACAAAAUAGAAUCAUGUUAGAGAAACAGAAACAACAGAGCGCUAAACUCACAGAAGAGCAGCAAGUGCAAAGAAUAAAAGAUGCGCUAAACGCACAAACAUACAACCAGUUUCUUCAGUAUGCCCAGCAACAGUUCCCCGGCAACUUUGACCAGCAGGCGAUCCUUAUUCGGCAGCUGCAAGACCAACAUUACCAACAGUAUAUCCAACAGUUGGCCAUAGACCAAAGACUGGCCAAUGCUAACAUUCAAGACAAUAGUCAGUGUGAGGAGGAAAAUACUAAUAAGAAAGAGGAACCAGUCAAAGAUUGUAACUUGAAUGAAAUGGAAGCAGUUGAUGCUAUGGAGAAUAAUAAAUCAAUGCAAACUUCAGAUAAGACUGAAACUCCAGAAUACACUGAAGAAUCGCGAGGGGAAGAGGAAUCCGAUGGAGAAGACGUUUUCCCAGCUGUGGACGAGGGUCGGAUGUGGACGCGCGGGGACAUCGCGCAGUUCAAGGAGUCUGCUCGCGCCAGCGGCGGGAAAUUGACCGUCGGCCAUGGAGAGACUGUGACCGUCCGGGUGCCCACACAUCCCCGGGCUAGGUGCAUUUGCUGGGAGUUUGCUACGGACAACUAUGACAUAGGCUUCGGCCUGUACUUCGAGUGGAGCAAGUCGCCGACCACGGAGGUCACCAUCCACGUGGCGGAAAGCGAUGAAGAAGACGACGUCGAUGACGACGGCUACGGCGACACUGAUGACGUGACAGAGUUCACGAUUCACGGCACGACCGACCCGGAGGCGGGCGGCGAGCGGCGUGCGCUGAGCAGCGCGCGCCCGCCCGUCAGCCUCGUCGUGCCCAUCUACCGCCGCGACUGCCACACCGAAGUGUACGCCGGGUCCCAUACGUAUCCAGGUGAAGGCGUAUAUUUAUUGAAAUUCGAUAACACUUACAGUCUUUGGCGAUCUAAAACCUUGUACUAUAAAGUAUACUACACACAGUAAAUCUUGUGUGGUUAUCAAAACGAAUUUAAUUGUUUUACCAUGACAUGAAAAUGAAUGGAGUUAUGUUUUUGGUCACAUUACUUACAUAUUUUAUGAUGGAAAAUUUUCUUUUUUCAUGAAUGUGGAAAAUACUGAAGGUAGCUUAAGGUACACAAUUAUGGUAUUUUGUGUUAGGCAUUAUCUUGUGGUGCGAUUAGUGACACCCUGUAUAUUAUAUUUAUUUUGUUUUUAUCAGUACCUACAGACUACUGACAGGCAUACCUCUGCAUUAUCUGUAUGGGACUAUGACACAAUAUUAUCCUGUUAAUUAAGGAUUUUGUGUAUUGUAGAGAAAGAGAAAGAUGAUGCUUUUUAAGUAAAAAUGUAUAUCUUUCGCGUUUCCUCAAAAAUGCCAAACUUAUUUAUAUUGGAUUUUAGUUAUGUUGGUGGGAUCCCUAUUGAUUGAGAGUAAAUUAUUCUAGAGCUAUUAAAUUAUUUUUAUUAAACAUAAAAGUUUUUAAGUCUGUUAUAUCGUAUACAUUGACUAUCUAUUGUUCAUUUGUUCAAAUAAUAAAUCUUUAAUUAACGUUUAUAUUUUGGUUUCGGUUUUCGUAUCAAUUAUGCAUUGUGCCAUUCAAACUAGUAGUAGGAUUUUGGAUUUGAUUUCUUACGUAAUAGUUGUCAUGAAUGUUAAAUCUGUUUCAAUACAAGUGUAAUUUUAUUUAUGUAUGUCUCCACGUAAAGAAUAUUAUCAUGUGUAUGAAAUGUCAAAUAUUGAUUUAUUUAGGUAUAUUAUCAAAAAAUUAACAAUUGGAAAACCAUUUUACAAUGUUUAAUAAACUUUCAAAUUAACGCUAACACUUUAGUAUUAUUUGCUGCAUUUACAUAAACCUAAUAUUACGGAUUAUUUAACAGAUGUCCUUUAGUGAUUAAAGUAAAAUUAAUUAGUUUAAAGAAAUUUAUUUAACGCCUUUUGUGCACCACUGUCCAUGUCAUCCUUCUUUUAUCCGGUUUCUACAGGACUAUCUUAAUAGGGACUAAAAUAAAAUGUAAUAUCGUCGUUCAAUAAAUGUAUUUUGUAUUAAUGUUAUAGUAUAAUUAAAAAUAUAUUAAUAGGACAAGGUUUUAUAUUAUUGACUUGGGGGCGGAAACUUGGAAAUUUGUAAUGAAGUAAGGAGAUGGAAAUGGAUGAUAACAGACAGGCACGUAAUAUGAAAUGAUAGGAAGUAUCUAGUGUUGGAUCUGUCAUAGUAUUUACUAGUUAAUAGUGGUGAUUACCACCGUAGUAUCA